AUGGAAUAUCCAGUCGGAUUAGAGGAGGAGUUCUUGAUAGAAGAAUGGCGCUAUUGGGGAGAGCGAGGGGCACGACGAUGGCUUCGGCUGGCAGACCAAAAGGGUGAGGAGGGACUUGAGCGAGGGGAUCGUCAAGAGCUCCGAGAGGUUCUUCAAGAAGUGGCUGGAGAGCGAUGGCGGGAGGUAGCACAGGAGAUAUCUAACCAGGGAUAUUGGGAGCAUCUCCAGCAAAGAGAGGGAAUUCGCGAGCGACUGGGUGAGCGGCUUGUGCGAUGGGCGGAGGAAUCCUGGGCUUCUCAAACAGAUGAUGAAGUAGUGAACUCGUUUGAGUCCCAGCCCCAGCUCCAGUCACGUCUCAUUGAUCAUUUCCGUCAACUUCCUCUUUUCGGUAAACCGGAAUCUUCUGUACCCCCUAUUGAUCGGUUUGAGCUUAUCCGCAUAUGGCUGAGGAGCUGUGAUCAAGGUCACCGGGAUUGUCGUGCAGAGAGUAGCAAUCAUCAUCCUUCAAGGGUUAUAUCUGUUCGACAGGAUGAUGCCAACAGGUUGCAGUUGCUUGAGCUUGAAUGCGGUAUUGAGUAUGUGGCCCUGUCUUAUUGUUGGGGUAAUAAACCACAAGAGCAAAAGCCGUAUCUUACAACAGAUGAGAACUUUCAGAGUCGAAAAGAUAAAGGCUUCGAUUUUAAUGAUCUUCCAAAGUUAUUCCAAGAUGCAAUCACCGUGACUCGAGAACUUGGAAAGAGAUAUCUCUGGAUUGAUGCCCUUUGUAUAAUCCAGGGGAACAAAGAGGACUGGCAAAACGAAGGUACCAAAAUGGAACAUAUCUUCGCUUCUGCAUACUGUACACUUGCACCGAGUUCCGCGUUUGAGUGGAAAGAAGGCUUUCUCAAGACAUACCGGGAUCGAAAGCCUGGCGUGUCACUUUGUGGUCCCAGCCCUGUAAAGUAUUUUCGUCGACUUGUGGAUGACGGCCCUCUAAAUAAACGGGCAUGGGUACUUCAAGAGCGGGUACUUUCUCGUCGAACAGUCUUCUUUACAUCAUCAGCCUGUCAGAUCUUCGACCAAGUAUUUUCUGCUAACUAA